ACUAUUUGUUUUUAAACGGUCGCUAUGUGACGUCACACGACAUGCAAACCGGCUUUGUAAUGUUUGUGUUUAAAUGUUUCCGCAAGAUCUGAUUCUCCGCUACUUUACUGCGACACCUGUUCGAUUUUUUCCGCUACAUCCCUGCUUCAGUUUUAUUCCUACAGCGUCUUCGCACCACCAGCGAUGAUGUUCUCGUUGGAGGAAAACCCGAAGCUGCUCGAUGCCCUGGAUCCCGAGCCCGGAUGGAGCGGACUUUACGACCCGGUGAACGGGAGGCGGAAUGAGAGAAACAUUUAUGAACUGUUUCCUCCAGAUGAGCUUUACUACAGCACAGAGCUCACUGACAAUGAGGACGAAGACCACGGGUCUCUUCAGCAAGAGGAAGCGCAAGGAGGAGGUGAUGACAAUGAGGUGUACGUAAGAAGCCCAUGUCGUGACAGGAGCCCAUCCCCUCCUAUGCGGGGCCUGUCCCCUAUAUGGGGCCCAUCACUAUCGAGGAGCCCGUCCCCUUUAAGAAGUGCUGCUUCGACGAGGCCACGCUCUUCAAGGAGCCGGUCACCAAAUACUCCUCCUGCAACCCGACGGCGGGUUCAUUUUAACCCCAGCGUCGUCGUGUUUGGCCAGCCUUCAGCUGCGGGGUAUACAAUGAUUCCUCUGCAGUACCAAGGAAUAAAGAGGUGGAGGGAUGAAGAGGACAAUAACGAAGAAGCCCCUCCUAGUAGAAAGCACUGUAUGAAUUAUGUUCUUCAUAAGAAGUCCCGUGGCCUACCUACCUUAAACCUUUUUCCCAUCGUUCCAAUUAUGAGCCAAAACUGCAGCUAAUCACUUUAAGACUUUAAAAUCUUUGUGUGCUUGUUCAUGUAUCCAGGUGAUUCUUACCACCAUUACUAACAUUAUUUGUAAAUUGUCAUUAAAAAAAUUAGGUUAAGUUAGUUAUAGAAAUAAUUUUUAAAAUUUGAGUGUUUAUAUUCAUCUGCAUAGUGCUAAGUGUAUUUUUACAGUAGUAUUUGAUUAUUUAUUUAAUAUGUACAUUUUGUUUAUUUAUUGAUGUAACUAUUUAUGCAUUCAUUUAUUUAUGCAUUUUAAAGUAUUUUUAUGUAUUGUAAAUAUAUGUAUAUAUAAGUUUUUAAGAUGAGCAGUUUGAGUCCCACCCCUAUUUUUUUCUAGUUAUUUAUUUAGUAAUUUUGUCUUAUGGACUAAAUGUAAACAACUGCUAUGUUAAAUAUAUUAAUCAUUUCAGAAAUGAAUAAAAAUAAUUAUUUCUUAAUAAAUAACAUUGUAGAUUUAGCAAGGGGCAUGAAAUCCUAUGACCUCAACUGUAAGAAACACCCCCCCCCCCAUAAAUAAAUAAAUAAUGGUUAAGUUAAUGGAUAAGUCACAUUAUGUGAUAAAUAAUUUGUUAAUCCACCUUAUACCACAACAAACAGUCAUUUGUUAAACAAUAAAGUUAAAUAAGCAUCUCUUAAAUUAUUCAUGUAAACCAGUAGAAUAACUUUGUAAAAACAACAAUGUUACUAUAGAAACAAUUUGUAUUCACAUUAAUAUACACGUAUCAAUCAUUACAGCUGGAAUUAGUAAAAUAAUACUUCCAUAAUUGUACUAAAAUGUAUUAAAAUAAUGCACAUAUUUUUCCAGU